GAAUUCAAACCCAUUAAGACUUUUCCCUGUUCAGUUAUUCUCUUGUCCUCUAAGCCUUUUUGUUCUUUUCUUGUUUUUCUUCUGUUUCAUUUUUUGCUUCCUUUUAGAGGAAGAUGUUGACCUUGAGAACUCUAAUGAGCUUGGCUAUUACGGCCAUGUUCAUUCAGUCAGCAAUCGGAGCCAUCCAUAAAGUAGGAGGUCCCGACGGUGAGUGGGAUCAAGUCACCGACUUACCCACAUGGGCAAAGGGUCAAACAUUUAAAGUUGGCGAUACUCUUGACUUCAUAUAUGGCGCGCAACACAAUGUAUUCGAAGUUAAAGAUAAGAAGGCUUACGAUGCAUGUGAUACAAGCGACGCGAUCUCGUCUGAUGAUAGUGGUAAAACACCAAUAACUCUUUCUUAUGUAGGAAAGAGAUUCUUCAUUUGUGGAGCCUCGGACCAUUGUGCCCAGGGAAUGAAGGUUACAAUUAACACCGUUAGUUCCACUACCCCAUCAACUCCAGCCUUAUCUCCACCAAAAUCUACUCCAUCCGCCGAUUCUCCUCCAGUUUCCCAGGGUACUACAUCCGAACCACCACCUGCUCCUAAACCAACCGCACCAAAUGCUGGUAACGGGGGUUAUGAGGUGAAUUUUGCAACGGUGCUUGGAUUCGGAUUCAUGACUCUUCUGUGUCUCUAACCAGUUGAAGCAGUUUCAUAUACACCAUGUUGAUGUAAUUUGAUUUUCCAAUCGCUCUAUUCCUGCGUUUUCAUCUGUUUUCCCUUUCUGAAGAGUAUGUGAGUCAGUUUUUUUCUUGAA